ACAUGUUUCUUCUUCUUGCCCUUCCCAUCAUCUUUUUCCUCUUUCUUUUUGUCCUUCUUCUUAUCCUUCUUCUUUUUCUUUUUGUCUUUUUCUUCUUUAGCAGCAUCAUCGUCACCAUCCUCAUGUGCUUCGUCAAUGUCACCACCACCUUGCUCUUUUGUUUCCUCUGCUGCAGGCUUCUCCUCAACAGAUGCCUCUACUGAAGGCUUCUCCUCUGCUUGCUCUUCUUCAUCUACAUCUCCUCUCUUCUUAUCCUUCUUCUUCUUCUUCUUCUUUUUGCCUUCAUCUUGAACCGUUUCUACAGUUUCAGGUGGAGUGGGAACUUGAGUUGGCUCCACCACUGCGGGUGUUGAUUCUUUACUGUCUUCAGGAACUGGGGUGGACUCAUGCUCCCCCUUUUUUCCACCUUUCUUUUUGCUUUUGGUAGGAGCUGCUUUAUCAUUCAUCUCCAAAUCAGCUAGUAUCGCAUCUAGAUCGUCGUCCUCUUCCUGCUUUCCCUUUUUACCCUUCUUAGUCUUCUUCUUGCUAUCUUGUUUUGCUUGCGCCGAUGGUUCAGGCCUCUUCUCCUGUUUCUUGUCUUGUGUAACAGGCUUCUUUUCGACCACCUCUUCGUUUUUUUCGGAAUCUGAUGCCGACCUAGCGUCGCUAUCAUCGUCACCAUCAUCAUCCAUCUGCAAAAUCCAAGUUGUGCAUAAUUCAGCGUCUUGUAAAGAACGCUUUAUGAAAGGAAAACUGAAGAAAAGAGUUUACAGUGGUUAG